AUGUUUCAUUAUCAUUCCUUUCACAAAGGUCCCAUUUUUGGGACAGUUGUAAAGGACGACCCACCACUCAAACCGGGUCUGCACAACACAUCGGAUUUAGUCGAAAAACUUUUAAAACGCAUCGAUGUUGUCAGUCCGCCGUCUUCUAAGGAUACAGAUGUGUCUAAGGCAAAGGCAGAUGUGUCGGAGGCAAUGGAUAGUCUCGGAGCAUACGCUGCCAUCCAAACAAGCGACAACGAUCAUCGUUUCGAACUCGAGACUUUCAAAGACAAAGAGUACAACGAAUUUCUCGCCAAGCUGUUCAAGGCCUUCAACGCUGAGCAGAUUUGCAGCAGAGAUAAAAAUCCACGUAAAAGAAGAUCAUGGGAUCAUAUCGGCGCUCUCCUUGGAGCCAUGAUCGAACUCUACCUCAAGUAUUACGGUUGUGAUUGUACUCUGUGCCAAGAAAUUAAUACAGGAUACGGCUCGGGCAAAGGAUAUGCAUGGCAGAUGAUCGCUCACAAGUUAGAGACAUCUGAUAUUCUGCAGGUGAAAAUCAAAGAAUUGUUUCCGAAUUCUGGCCGAAUCGAUUUAUUUAGGGCACAACUUUAUAUCGAGGAGUUGAGUCAUUGUGGGCUAUUUUGUCCCGUAGCUGACUGUGAUACUCUUGCUAAUUGGGGCUUGGCUUUGCCAGAGUUCAGCGUCAGUGACCGUUGUAGUCUUGCAGCUUCGGGGCACGAUAUACCGAGGCUUGAUUUAUGGGUUAUAUUAGAAGCUGGAAAGAGAUGUACGGCUAGGAAGCUGGAGGAGGAGCAGAAGAAGAAGCAGAAGACCACUAACUACUUGAAGAAAUUAACCAUCUCAAGUAUUGGCGCAUCUAAUUAG